AUGACAGACUCACCGAGGCGAGUCGCCAUUGUUGGCGGAGGCAUCGCGGGCAUGGCCUGCUCGUGGGAGCUGCGAAAGCACAGCGCCCGCAACGUCAGAGUAGACAUCUAUGAGUCGGCGAGUAAGCUCGGCGGGCACGCCAAUUCGGUGCCCUUCAAAGGCAAUGGCACAAGCGUCGACGUUGACACGGGCUUCAUUGUAAUGGAUGAAGCUACGUAUCCCCGCUUUAACGCUUUUCUCGGUGAUUUAGGCAUCGAGACAAUCCCCACGGAUAUGUCCUUUGGCGUCUCGACCACCGACAGAACUUUCGAGUGGAGCAGUUGCUCCGUGGGCAGCUUCGUCGCCACUCUCACGCUGCUGUUGAGCCCCUGGGUAUGGCGUUUGAUGUUUGAUAUUGUUCGCUUUAGCCUAUUCGCCGAAGAUAUCCUCUACGAGCGAGGUACUACUCCUAGACGUGGCGAAGAAGAAAGCUGUCUCAUGUCAACGUCUCUAGAGUCUAUUGGUAGCUACUUAACAAGGCGGGGAUACUCCAGUCAAUUCACGACUUAUUUUUUGAUCCCAAUGGUUGCUGCUCCUUGGUGCAUUGAUCCAGAUGAGUUUAGCAGGAGUUUCCCUGCAAGACCGCUAAUACACUUUAUGAAAAGUCACGGCCUGCUAGAUACGGUCACAAAGACACUUCAGUGGCGCUCGUUUCGAAAUGGGUCAAGAACGUAUAUCGAUGCGUUCCAAGACAGUCUUCCUCAAAGACACAAGGUGCAUCUGAACACGUCUGUACAUGACGUGACACGAAUUGGUAACGAGGUCUUGGUCAGCUUCUCAGAUGGCUCUGCAAAGACUUUUGAUCAUGUCGUUCUUGCCGUUCAUGCCAACCAAGCUGUCACUCUGUUGGGAGACAAUGCCACAGCUUUGGAGCGAAGGAUUCUUGGUAGCUUCAAAACCAGCAGGAACAUAUGUUACCUGCAUUCUGAUACUUCACAAGGGAACAGUCCUGUUAACUGA